GGGAAAUAGGGGUGCAAACUCGGGCGGCCUUGCUGGUGGCCCCGCGGGUGGCUUGUUUGGUGGCGGGGGUGGAGGAUCUGGAACAAAGAAGCUUGUCUCCCCCCCCCCCCAACACACCAGCCUAUUUGCAACAAAGAACAUCUAGUGGGGGGGAGGCAGGAAGGAAGGAAGGAAGGAAGGGGGAAAAAGGGAUGCAGCAUUAAUCUUCCCCUUUAGGACUCGUGGCUGGAAUAAAUUCCGGGAGAGCAAGAAGCAGGAGGCGACAGCAACAAAGGAGCUGGCCAGAGAUCCCACCCUGCAUUUGAGGGAAUUAUGUUCCGGUUCAUGAGAGAUGGAGAGCCAGAGGACCCGAUGUUUGUGAUGGACCCUCUUGCCAUCCACCACCAACAUGUGAACCGUGUGCUCUCAGGCGGCUUUGGUUAUAGCCCCUUCCUCAGCAUUGGCAACGGGACUGUCCCUGCAACACGCCAGACUAGCCGAAGAAUGCAGGCAGGAACUGUUUCGCCCUUUGGGAUGCUAGGAAUGGCAGGUGGUUUUAUGGACAUGUUCGGAAUGAUGAACGAUAUGAUUGGGAACAUGGAACACAUGACUAGUGGUUCCAACUGCCAGACGUUUACCUCUUCAACUGUCAUAUCCUACUCGAAUCUGGGGGAGGGCCCCAAAGUCUAUCAGGAGACCUCGGAGACACGCUCUGCACCUGGUGGGAUCCGGGAGACCAGGCGGACGGUGCGAGACUCCGACAGCGGUCUGGAGCAGAUGUCUAUUGGACACCACAUCCGGGAACGCGCGCACAUCAUGCAGCGCUCGCGCAAUCACCGCACGGGUGACCAAGAGGAGAGGCAAGACUACAUCAACCUGGAUGAGAGUGAUGCCGCUGCGUUUGACGACGAAUGGAGGCGAGAAACAUCCCGCUUCCGGACGCAAAGAGGGCUGGAAUACAGGCGCCACGAGGGAAGCAAUGGCCGUCGGGCCGAAGGGGCCCGCCUUGCUAUUCAGGGACCUGAAGAUUCUCCAACCAGACAGUCGCGCCGGUACGACUGGUGAACCCAGAGCAGACUUAAGGGGGGUGUGAUGCGGUCACCCCCAAAUCUACCUUCAUGCUCUUGUACAGACAGUGAAACUCUGAUGGCGAAGCCCCUACGAAACAUCACUUGGACCUUCCUCAAGUUGAAUACUAGCCUCCUGCCCCUCUUUUAAGAUAUAAAUUAAGUGACUAACUCUCUCUUCACAGUUGUACUCCUUGCAUAGAGCAGGUGGCCAAGGGGAAGGGGAGGGACCUUGUCCAUGAAUGAGUGACACAUCAAUUUUACUUCGUUCUUUUUCCUCUUAACUCCUCCCUGCCCUCACUGAGCUACCCAAUCCCUCCCCUUAGUGUUUUUUGGAGGGGUGCAGGAGUGGUCUCCCUCAGUUUUUGCCACCCCCUCUAUUUCCUGGUCCAAGUUUGGCUGGUUCCGAAGUUUGUAUUUAAUCUACCCACCCACCUCAAGUGGCAACCAAGUAAGGAAACCUGUUGACCUGCUAUUAGUUUCAAGCACUUGGAAAAAUAACCUUUAGUCGCCUUUGCUCUCGGCCUGCCUGCCUGCCUGCCCUGGAAAUGGGGUAUGUAUGAAAGGGUGGAAGGGAUCAGGUGAGGUGUGGACAAACAAAACAGGCCCUACCUCUCUGCCCCAAUCCAGUCAGCUCCCCAUCUUAUAAAAUUUGAUUUCGUGAAACUUGUAACUAGAUGUUUACUGAGUUGAAUAAAGAAAUGGAACCUGUAAA